AUGCCUUCCGUCCUCGGUCUCACCACAGACCCCUCCCCCCACGGCCCUGGUGCGGAGGAGCAUCAAAAGAAGAAGAAGCCCCAGCUCGCGGACGGCCAGGAAACCGAAGGCAAGCAACUAGCCCGCCGCCCGCGCAAGGAGUCGGCCUCUCAAUCCCCUCCGCGUGAGAACGGCGAGGAGAAGAAGAAGAAGAAAGAAAAGAAGGAGAAGAAGGAGAAGCCCAAGCCGAAGCCGCGCCGCGAGUAUGAUACCGACGACGAGUCGGAGGACGAGGGACCCCUCAACACCAUCGCGAAGCGCAACCACGCCAAAGCCAUUGAGAUGGAGACGCUCCUUUGGGGCGCCCUCUGCCACAAGCCCAAGAGCGCACUGAAGUACAUUGGCAAGGGCGCCAUCAUGUGCAACCCGCUGCUGUUUGGCGAUCCCGAGGUGUACACCGAGAGCUCGGAGCCGACGUUGAAGGAGGUGCUAAAGGAGAGCGACCGGUACCUGAGCUACAAGAUGCACAAGCCGCACGUUGUUGAGAUCGGACUGAUGUCGAUGGCCAUCUGCUAUGACAUCACACUAUUCCGUCAGGCCGAUGACGGCACGCUCGAAUCAGAGGAAGCGACUGUGUCGACGAGCUGGAGACAAUGCGCCAGCGGUGACUGGGAGAUGACAAGCUCCAUGGCCGGAUGGCAGGAUUAG